AUGGGGGCUGGAGCGUCGUCAGACAAUGCCGCCAUCAGUGCUUUGGCUAAAAGUAAUACACGGGCUAAACUUCUUGUGAAUGGCCACACCAGAGAGGUGUCGAGCAGAAGUUCCAUCAUCAGUCGAAAUACCGCUGUGAAGAAGCCGAAUAAAACCCAUAAGGAGGAGGUCGCCCGAGGUGACGAGGAAUUUCAUGUAGUGGAUGAAGCAGAUGAGGCGACAUUGCAGGUUCUGAAUGCUGUCAAGGAGGCCGAACGGCUGGUGGACGUGAGAGGAACAGUUAAACUUCAGCUUCUUCACAGCUGUUACCCACUUCUUGAGCAGGUACCGGCCCAUCGCUUCGAUCAUCUUGCGGUAUUAGUGUACCAGAAGGAGGGUGACGUUUUUGCUUCACUUGGAGAUGUAGAGAGCGCCAAAACAGUAUACGCACGCGCCAUACAGAUCGCUGAGACGCGCGUGGCACGAGGUGAGAAGGAAAUGUACAUGGUUCUGAAGCGCUAUGUGUUAGCUAUGGUGGGUAUGGCGAGGAUAUGGUACGAGCAGGAACGAAACACCAUAGGAUUUACAUUUGCGAACAAUCAGGCACAGCCCCCUACAUCGUCAAAUAGCAGUGUGUGUUCCGAUACUUCGUUUACGAGUAGCGUUUUAUCCGAUUCUAGUAUAUUUAGCUUGAAUCAGGAGGUUCUCAAGUCCAUCGUUCCAAAGCAGCCGCGGCGGCGAGUUGGCCCCACAGUGAGUGUGGUUAAAAUUCCUCGCCCGAAGGUGACAAAACCGAAUUACACCACAGAAGAUGACUUUGUACUGCGCAGUCAAAUGACACGUGAACUCAAGGCAUCUCCAUGUGAGUUGCUGCUGCUUCGAUGUAUAGAGGUGGUGGAAAUAGGACACCGUAGGCAGUCGGAGCUCCUCAUACCGGCCCUGGUUGAGCUCGCCCAGAUAUACGAGGACUUGCACUUGUACAACCGCGCCUUGUUGUUGGUUCGCCGGUGCCUCGGAAUUCUUUGCGUCGUGUAUGACUACGAUCACCCAUGGAUUAUCCAGCUACGACGGCGGUCGGAUUAUCUUGUAAAGUGUAUGGAACAUUGGUCGAAGGGUAAGUGUGCAACCAAAAUACAGGCAACAUGGAAGAUGUAUAGAGCCAUGUGCCUACUUGAAAGUGUACUUGGUCGCACCGUAACUCGUCACGUAUGGAUGCCACGGCCAAAGGUUGCCACCAACGAAGAUAUGGCGUUCCUAAAUGAUUUUGUGAAUGACCUGCCAGAUGGGGCCGUGCUGGCUGGUGGCGACGGCAGCACAGGGGAAACGACACCGGAUAGGGGCCCGAGCAUCCCCGUUUCACGAAGUAGUCCGAACGCUGAUGCGUCCCCUGAAGUACUGCGGCGUCGGUUCAGCCACACAUCGGUCCCCAGUACAGUAGUGAUCCAUGACUCGCGCGUCGUUGGCAACUCGCGGAAUACACAUACCGACACCACUAUGCAGAAAACAGAUCAGGGUGACGUGGUGACGGUGCGUACGGUUACCACACAUCGUGUCGUGACGGAGCAGGUGGUUGACAGUGAUAAGGAUUCUAAUGGAGAGGAGUGUUUGGAGGAGUCAUACGAGGAUGGCAGUGCCGCGCAGCGGCAAUCCUCCGGAGACACGGCAAAACAGGUGGGUAGGGGCAAUGCUAUGCAAAUCACAACAGUUGGUGGUCGGGGAGGUGGUGAGGAAGUUGUUGGUGCAGAGUCAUUGGUGCAAUCCAUUUCCAGUUAUUUGUCGUCUCCUGGAGAUAGCAAACGACGCCUCCGCGCCUGGAAAGCGGGGAAACCCGAGUAG